CUUCCAUUCUCUUGGUCUUCACUUCUUUUUGAGGAGAGACAGAAACAAUGAUGAUUAUCCUCACUGCUCUCCUAGGGACUCUGCUGACCUCUUCACUGGCCAAUGAUAAUGUUGACAUUGGAAAUGAAGGGAACGUGGGAGGCAAUGUUCACCAGACUGUAAACAUCAAUAACCAGGAUAAUGUGGCCAGUGUAAACAGCCUGAAUGGCUGGGACUCCUGGGAUUCCAUAUGUGACUAUGGCAGAGGUUACAUUGCAACUCGGCCAUUUGCAAAGAAGAUCUGCAUAGUGUCAAAGAUGAACAGAGAAGUGUUCCCCAGUCUGGCUGCCCUUAGCACUGCCCAGCGGAAACAGCUUUCACCCAACCCCUCCUUCUUUAAGUUCAACAUCAACCAGGUACCAAUAGCCAACAUUGGAAUAUAUGGUGUUCAUAUAGAGGCGCUUUGCAGAGGACUCCCAUCUUAUGAGGCUCGAGUCAACCAAGAACCAAUUACAAAUUUGGCGCUCUGUGAUACUGGCAGCAUUCUUAACAUCGGUGGCAUCAGCUUCUGUUUUUAAACAGAUUUUGCAAUGAUUCCUGCUAUGUAAAGGGUUUCCAGUCCAAUCGACCAGGAUUCACUUCAGAUUGUCCAUCCACCCCUUUAUCCUCAUU